AUGUAUCAGUCCUCGAACUUCCGCAGGUCGCAGCCUGCACAGGAUGCGCAUUCUGAAAAGUAUAGCUCGCAAGCCCACAAACUGCAGGAACUAUUCCCGACAUGGUCCAACGAAGAUUUGCAGUCACUGUUGACCGAGGUAAAUGGCGAUCUUCAGCUGGCUGCUACCCGAAUCAGCGAAGGCCAUGCAGAGCAAUGGGGCUCUGUGACACGGAAGAAGGACAAGAAAGCUACACCCGCCCAAAAUUCACACUCAAAGGAUGGUUCGUCCCCCCGUGAGCGAGGUGAAUUCCGCGGCGCUCGAGGUGGACGUGGUGGCAGGGGUGGUCCGGGGCGGGGCGGGGCUGCCCGCGGCGCCUUUGCGCGUGGUAAUCACCAUGAGGCAAACGGUCACCGUUUCAAGCCUUCGCAGCCCGGCGAUGCUGCUACUCCGAAGCGAGUUGAGGAGGUUGCCAAUGUCGACGUCACCACGCCCACGACUCCUACAAACGGUUCUGCGAAGCUCGCUGAAGAAGCCGCUAAUGGUCGGGGCACCGCAACAACGAAUGGGGGUUGGAAUGAUGUACCGACGGAGACAAACGCUAGCAACGGUUGGGUGGAAAGCAGCACACCUGCAACGUGGGGUAGCAUUGCUGCCAACGGUUCAGCUGUGCCCGCCCCUUCUGCACCGGCUUCUAAGGUCUUCAAGACGCCAGCAACUUCAAAGCUCUCCUGGGCUCAGAUUGCUCGUGCACAGGAGAAGCCAGCCACCCCUCCAGUCCCAGCGCCGAUCGCCGUCCCUACACCUGCGGCAGCACCAGUUGCCACGACGGCCCCAUCGGCUGCACCAGAGGUUACGCCCCGUGAGCCGACUCCUCCAAGAGAGGAGCCCCUUACAGAGCCCCAGCAGCAAGGUUGGGAAGAGCCGACCACUGUCGAGCCACCAACAUGGGACGAUGAACCGCAAGCCAAAAUUGCGACGCUAUCAUUUAUUGGAGAGGCGAGUUCUCCGCCCGCAGAUGAGCCCCAGCUGGCAGAGAGUCAGCCGGAGCCCGCACCAGAACCCCCAGUCAUCCCUGAGCCCACUACCUCUGCGAUUCCGGCACAAGUGCAGCAUUCGUCUAUUGUUUCUGAGCCUGUCGUCGCGCCUCAGAAAUCUUUGACACCGGUCGCUAGCACACGACCUGCCUCUGGUUCUCACCGUAUCAGUGCGAAGUUCAAGACCACCGACCAACCUGUUGUUAUGCCCAGUUCCAACUUCGGCACCGGUGUCGAGAAGAUUGGUAUGCAGUUUGGCAGCUUAAGCCUCGGCGGUGAGGAUUUCGAUGCAUCACAUGAACCCGCCGCUUCGGAGCUGGCCCCGGCGCGUGCGCAGGAACCAGCCGCCGCAGAGCUCCAAUCAGCCGCCUCACCUUCCGUCCCUAUCCAACAACCCGAAGCUCCAGUGUCUACUGUCGUCUCUCCUCCGACUCAGACCCCCCCUGUUGCUCAAUCACCCUUCCCGCCCGCAAUCCCCCAGCAAGCACAACAUCCCUCCCAACCCCCUUCGCAGCCCCAACACUCACUACCCCCUUCACUGUCGCAGUCGGCGAUUCCCGUCCAGGCUUCGCUACAAUCGCCUACGCCCGCAUCGGCUUCGAUGUCUCAGUUCUCACAUCAGUCUCAAGCUCUGCCGCAGCAAACCCUGUCCAGCCAUCAGCUGCCCCAGGGUCAGAUCCAAUCACACUUGCACAACCAGCAUCAGUAUGUCCAGCAUGGGCUGCCAACACACCUCGACCCGACGCAGACGCAACCACAGCUCUCGUCUGCCGUGCCUCAGGCAUCGCAGCAGCAAAGUAUCUCCCCGUCCUAUUUCCGCCAACCCGAGACGCCCUAUUUCCACACGCCUACUCCUCCGGCUGGACAGUCGCAAGAUACCCCCUACGGCUCUUUUGGGCAACUGAGUCAGCAAGUGCAACAUCAGGCUCAGGCGUCGCACCUUGGUGCGUUCGCAGGUAACGACUAUGGCUAUACCGAGAACCAGAGGCAGAAUUUCUACGAUUCGUACACUGGCCCAGGUGCCUUCGGCAACCGUAGCGUUCUGGGUGGUCAUGACGACAUCAAAGGUCUCCCCACUGGGCAACAGCAACCUCACGGUGCACCUGGCCUCCCUCCUGCUAAUUCCCAGUCAUCGCAGCAAAUCCCUCCCGCUUCUCAGGCUGGAAGCCAAGCACAGCCCGGUGCUGGCCAGGGUCCACAGCAAGGCUACCCUCCCCCAUUGCCUUACUACUAUCCCUACCCGCAAAACCAGUACUACGGCUCACCGUACAACUCUGGUUAUAGCGUACCGCAGCCAUACGUCAAGUACCCCACCGUCUUCCAAGCGGGUCCCCCUGGCCCUCAGUCUGCACCCUCUCCAGCAACGAAACAGCCCCCGAGCGCUGUACAGCCGCAGUCGCCUUACGGACAGGGUCUUUACGGUCAACAGCACCCAUCGAACGCGUACGAGGACAUCGGGUACCAGCAUCAUGCGCAGCACUCGCAUGGCCAGAGCGUGGGCAGUGGCCUCCCGUCCAACGACUAUGGCAAGUCAUUGUACGGUGCCGGCGGCCAGGGAAUGCAGGGUUUCAUGACGCUCGGCCAGUCGACUGGUCCGCAGUCCGGCCCACCUCUCGGCCAGCGUGCCGGCGGUGGCUCCCCGGAGAACGUCUACAAGCCCUAUGCAGGUGUCAAGGACGUCGGUGCUGGCGUUGGCGUCGGUGUUGGUCAAGGCGGUGUCGGCCAGGGGCCGCAAUCUCGCGGAGUCCCCCAGCCUUCUCAGGGCGGUUUCUACAGCGCGCAGCGAUUUGGCGCGAGCGCGUCGGUUCCGCAGAAUCAACAGGGCCAGCAACACCAGCCUCAAGGUCAAGGCCCACAGGGUCAUUUAGGGUACCCGCAGGGUGGUUCUGACGCGAGCUUCUACUCAUACCAGCCGAGGCAGCAGCAGUAUUGGCAGUGA